UCUAAAAAUACCAAAAUCCGGCACGAAGCGGAUCUAAGUAGGCCCUAUAUCUCCCCAAACUGCGCCUGGCCCUGGGCUGAAUUCGUCUCCGCCCGGCGCCCACCUUGCCGCCAAAAGCCGUACACCCAAUUCCCAAAACUCCUCUACCCCUCCCAGGAAGAGGCCAAGAACGCCAGCAGCAUCGCCGCCCAUGGACUGGUCUGAGGAGGGGAUCGACGAGGAGGAGUCCACGCUGCGCAGGCGGACGGCGAGGCCGCGUUCUCCUCCAGGCGGUCGACCCUUGCCUCCCCCGCGAUCACCGGGAUCGAGGUCGCCUUCUCCUCACCGCGGCGGUCUGGCGGCCUCCUCAGGGUUGAGGUCGCCCUCGCCGCGCCGCGUCACAAUAAUGGCGACGAGGAUGGGCAGCUCUGUGCGGACGAUCCGGCGAUCUCCAACGCCAAGAAGGUCCGGCGCCGAUGCUCCCGCGAGCGACGGUGUGGAUGGCACCGGCGUCAAGGAGAUCAUCGCCAAGAUGAGGGAGGGGUUUCCCACUCUCGAAUCGUGGGAUGGCGCCGACACGGGCGACUCUGGUCCCGGAGGAGGAGAGGGAGGUGGGGCGGACGAGGAGGAGCCGCAGGUGGACCAGAGCUCCGUCGCUUUCUCGUUCCAGGAGCUCGUGGCUCCGCUGGUCGUCGAUGGGGCGGAGGUUAUUGACGCCUUCGUCGGCUCCGAUGAGGCGAGGACGGGCAAGGCCGCGGCCGAGCUUCUGGACGCAACCAUGGGCGCCAACACCGGGCCCAGGACCGAAGCGAUCAAGACUGAGCUCCUCGUCAACCGGCGGCUGCUCGACCUCGCGGGGCUGGAGCGGUGGAUGCGGACGGUGGAGGCGGUCUCCGAGCUCGAGUGGUUCACGGGCCUCUGCUGCGACGAGAACAGCCCGCCACCGCAUAUCGACCUCUUCGAGUGCGCGUUCCGGGCCCUGGAGAACGCGUCGGACGUCGAGCUCCACCACGGCGCCGACGCCAGGAAGCGCUGGAUCGGCCCAGUGGGCGUGCCGGAGUUCUUCAUCUGCCCCAUCUCCAACAAGGUCAUGGAGAACCCCGUCGUCAUCGCCUCCGGAAAGGUGCGAUGAAUCUUUCAUCGGCUCUGUUCUCGUGGCGGUCCUGACAGUUGAUCGCUCAGCUCUGGAGAAAUGGCAGAAGAAGAACGGGCGCAUCUGUCCCGUCACUGGCGAGCUUGUCCCGUACACCAUGUUCAUCCCCAACGUCUUCAUCAAGCUCUGCAUCGAGCAUUGGCGUGCAGAAAAUAAGAUUGCAUGCGUGACGACGGCAGCCACCAAUCCACCUCACAUUUCCAACGAGUUGCAAGUCCUGAUCGGGCAAGCCACCCUAAUGCCUCACUCCCCCGGAAGCUCCAAAGAGGUCCGGAAGUCGCUUUUUCUGCUCCACAAGGUCCUCGCCGACAAGGAGAGCGCAGUCGUACACCUGAUCGGCUGCCGCCCCGGGACGAUCGCGAAGCUCGUCACCGUCCUGCCGGAGACCUGCCUGGACCCUGACCCCGAACUGGAGGACGUCAUCCUGAGGAUCUUGGAGAAAGCGGCUUCCUACGGGCCCAACAAGGCGGUGUUCGGGGACGACCAGUACGCCUUGCCCGUGCUGAUCGCAAGGACAUUGCUGGGUCCAGCGCCCAUGCGAGCGAGGUGUGCUCGCAUCCUCGGGCUGCUGGCCGACGACCACUACAACAAGAUCAAGAUCGGCGAGCUCGGAGGCUUCGCCCCGCUGGUCGAGCUGCUCUACGUCGGAGACAAAGGCGCCAAGAAGACCGCGGCGAAGGUUAUUGGCAGCCUCUGCGAGGCCCAGGAGAACCAGAGCAAGUUCCUGAAGGAGGGAGUGGUGGACGCCGCCAUAUCCGCGCUGCGGAGCGACGGGCUGGUGGAGGAGGCCCAGGACAUCCUGCUGCGGAUUUCCGGCUCUUCUGUCGCCUUCGGGGAGGCCUACUUGAAGCUCGAAUCGAUUAAGGACGACGACUUGUGCCAGAAGACGAGUGUGCUCCUUUGGAAAACUUUCGUUUUAAUGAAUGGAGAAGACAAGCACGACGCCGGUUGUUCCAUGACGGCCUCGAAGAGUGCUUGGGGUGAGAGCUCUUCUACAUCGUCAGACGCUGCGAUGUCUUCCACGUCCUCCGACAGUUCUGCAGACGAGCGUGCGUUGAGAAAGCAGAACUGGGAAGAUGCCAAGAUCAUCGCCUCAUGGCUGCAGAAGAGGUGCUCCUUCCCCAAUACGUACAGGUACAGGGAGGACUGACCAUUGCCUGAAUGGGUGUAGUAGAUCUAGAUAGAAGAGAACCAAUAGAAUUGUGACUGGAGAUAGCUGUUUCUUGACUCUUACAGAAUACGUUUCCUGUGUACUCCAUGGCUGUAGAUCAGCUGAGGUGACUAGUGAUCCUGAACUUCUUCUGAAUUUCAAACUGAUGAUUUUUUUUAGGGCGUGUUCGGCUGGCUACAAGCCGACACUGUUGCAGCUGUUUGGAUUGCUGCAGCUGCAAUCCAUAGAGAGAAAAAUACUGUAGAAGCCGCAGCCGCAGCCGGAUUGCAGCCGCAGCAAGCCGCAGCGAACAAGCUGUUAGAUUCGAAUGCGGUUGCUGAGAUGAUGUGAUGUUCGGUUCAUCCAAUGUAGUUUCAUGAGAA